AUGCUCUUGAAACGUGAGCGACGAGUGUCUGUCAGAGCUAUGGGCAGCCUGAGCGUUGAGGAGGAGGCGAAGACUCUCUUUCAUCAGCUCGAAGAUCAAAGCAUGCGCAGGGAGAGUACCAGCGAGGACCCAACGGUCGAGCUCAAGAGCGUGACUGGCGAUACUAGCGGUUUGCGGAGAAGAAAGAGCUCGACGAAAAGUCUUGUGAGGCUGCUGAGCAGAGGAAGUGGGAAGAAUCGGAUGGAGGAAGGGAACGUAGAGAAGGAGAGCACAAGAAGCUCUCUCAGCUCAAAGGAAGAGGACAUGCUGAGGAAGAGAACCCGAGAAAGCCGCGCAAAGCCUUGGCAGGUUGAAAAGCACAACAUUCGCAACAAAGUCAAGAAGACUAUGAUCGUAGCAUCGGCGUGGAAGCUCACCAAGGACUUGGAGGGUCUCAGAAACGACAUCGACGAAUGUAGAAAGACUCUGCUAGACGCGGACGAGCUGCUGAGGGCAAAGACGGAGGAAAAGAGUGAAGGGGUUGGGGAUUUCUCCACUCCCAAAGGAAGGAAGAGUCUCCCUUGCUUGACUUUCGAUCGAGAUCUUCAUGGUAGCUCAGGCAAGAGGAGGUGGGCAGGCGUCAGAACGGUACUCCAGCUAUCAAGAAGCCGCCGCCUCAAGACCAACUCUCCGCUCCUUAACUCUCCCAGCAACAAGAAGAUCGUCAGCCCGGAACCCUCACGGCGCUACAUCCCCGGGGUCGGAAAGAUGUGGGUCUACACGCAUCGGGGGAAGGUGGUGCAGGUGAUUGGCAAGGAGUUGCCUCCGGAGCUGGUGAUGGCGAGAGGCGAAGACAAGGGCGACAACGAGAUGGAGCAAACCUGCGAUGCUGCGGGUGCGAGAAGGAGGGAAGAGGAUCAGAGCUGA